AUGUCGGAAAAUACGGAAGGGUCUAAAGAAACGGCGCUAAAAAAGUCCGCUGAGAGAUUAACAGAGGAGAUACGAAGCAUGACUAACUAUAAAAGUCUUUACAGUGAAAUACAGAAACUCGUUGCGUCUACAGCGGUGAAGAGAGGAGAUUUUAGAAAUACAUUAAUGGACGCGUUGAAGAGUAACGGUUUAGAAACUGAGAUUAGAAACACGGUGUUUCAUUGGGCUAGGUCGCAAAGCUCAUUGUCUCCAUCAUCGGUACCAUCCGCGGAAGAAAUCGAUUUGAGUUACUUGAAGAAGGCUCAAGUUCAAUGGGAGCGCCGAAUACAAAAAUCACUGAAUUCCACGUGCAAUGAAUUAAACGUCGCCUUAGCUCGUAUACGACCUAGAGAAGAACGCGAUGAACUUGCUGAAAAAUGGAAUGAAUUAAGUACUUACGACAUCGAUUUAUCACAAUUUAGGCCAUUGUACGCACCGAAAGAUUUCCUAGAUGUCCUAUUCGCUAUACGGAAUCCUUCUUUCAAGAAACAGCCGGACGAAUUAAAUUGGGAGUUCAGUCACAUACAGAUUCGCGUAAAGACACUUACGCAAUUGAGACGGGUGUAUGCGGAAUUGGCCAAGGGGAUGCCACUGUUAGGAGUGAAUCCAGACAUGCACACUUCAGAGAACCAUGGUAAUCUGGAAGAGGAAAGGAUCCAUCUUGGUGAAAAAGUGUUGCGAUCCAAUCAUGCUCCGAUCGCACAAGAAUUCUUGAAGCGUGGGGCUCCUCGAUCGCUUCGUGGACAUCUAUGGUCCCUUGUGUUGGGAUCUAUAGUGAAAAAGAAUGAUGUAGAAUAUUACGAGGAAUUAAAAAACAUGGUAUUGCAAUACGACAUAGUUAUAGAUAAUUUAAUAAUAAAGGACGUACAGUUAACUGCGAGAAACGACGACCAGUAUUUUGUAUUCGAAGAUGUGUUGUACAAAACGAUGUUAUGUUUCUCACGCGAUUCAGAGGUUUUGGCACCUGUGACCACUGAUAGAAGCGCGGGUGGGCAGGUGAUUCACGCAGUUUUGCAAGGAAAACCGGCCACAUUAGAAAACACUUUGGUAUUUCCACCAAGUGGCGUGAUUCCAUUUCAUGGAUUUACGAUGUACGCUACUCCUUUUUGUUAUCUCUACGACGAUCCUUGUGCUAUGUAUUUCACCUUCAGAGCCUUCUAUUUGCGAUAUUGGUUCCGCUUACAUACCGUGUCCAACCAUGAACAAGGUAUAGUCGCAUUGUGUCUUCUUUUUGAAAGAUUACUUCAGUGCCACGAACCCCUCCUUUGGACACAUUUUAGGAACUUUCAUAUACAACCGAUUAAAGUUGUUUUCAAAUGGAUUAUGAGAGGUUUUAGUGGCCAUUUAUCCCCGGAGCAGUUACUCUAUUUAUGGGACUUAAUUCUAGGCUAUGAUUCCUUAGAAAUCAUUCCUUUACUUGCGAUCGCUAUCUUGAGUUUUCGAAAAGAAAAUUUGAUGCAAGUCAAUACAUUUCAAAGUAUCGAGGCUGUUUUGGCAGAUCUAUCUUCUUUAAAAGUGAUUCCGCUACUGCAAUUAGCUUUACUAAGGGAAUAA